AUGGACGUGUGGAGUUGCCGCCCGCCCGCUGCAUGCGUCCGCGCACCGUCGCUGACCAUCGAGCCCUGCGAAGAUUUCGCCCUAACAUUUUUUGACAGCAAAGAGACGCCGGCGCCGCCGAAACAAGGUGUGUUUUACAUGAUUUAUGUAGUAUGCUUUUCGAUAUCCGGGGUGAACAAACAACAGUUCGCGGCAGACAGCGCCAGCGCGGGCAGCGGGAAGGCGGCGCCUUGCAAGGUCUGCGGAGACAAGGCUUCGGGGUACCACUACGGGGUCACCUCUUGCGAGGGCUGCAAGGGGUUCUUCAGGCGGAGUAUUCAGAAGCAAAUCGAGUACCGGUGCCUUCGAGACGGGAAGUGCCUCGUGAUCCGCCUGAACAGAAACCGCUGCCAGUUCUGCCGGUUUAAGAAGUGCUUGGCGGUCGGAAUGAGCCGAGACUCCGUGAGGUACGGACGUGUGCCAAAGAGACCUCGCGAGUCUGUGAGCCAAGAAGGCAUGCAAGAUCUAUCCAGGAAUGUGACAGUAGCGCCUGCGGUGCCGGGAAUAGAAGACGUUGACCCGGAGAGCAUUAGACUCAGCGUGAGCAAGGAACUGGCCAACUUGAUCACGGCGGCGCAUCGGAGUAACAACUCCUACACAGAAGAGCUGCGGCGCACUCUACAGCACCGCACCAUCGUCCUCAAAGUUGAAGACUCCGAUAAUGAAGGGAGCGUCGGGGAGGAUGGUGCUAGCUCUACAACCGACCGAGCCACCGACGUGCGAUCACUCCUGUGGUACAAUGUUGCAUUGCGAAUGACGCCGGCCGUCCAACAGGUCGUCGAGUUUGCCAAGCGAUUACCGGGCUUUCAUCAACUACCCCAGGAUGAUCAGCUCAUACUCAUAAAGCUGGGGUUUUUUGAAGUAUGGCUGACUCGCGCCUCGAGACUAUCUCCAGGGAACACCAUCGUUUUUGAUGACGGCACGGCACUGACGCACGCACAAUUGGAGAUUAUAUACGAUCCUCCGUUCGCGAACGCCAUGCUGCGGUACGUGCGGAAUAUGCUCAAGUUGAAGAUGUCUGAAGAGGAGAUGGCAAUGUAUGUCAGCACGCUGCUGCUGUGUCCGCAGAGACCCAACCUGGCCGACACCGAGCUCAUCACAACCAUGCACCGGACCGUGUCGGAAGCAUUCCAACAAAACACUAUAGCCGCCAGUCCAGGGGAGGCGUUCACGCGGCUCAACUCAUUCUCGAGCGCGAUGCAAGAGGUCCGCGUUCUGGGCCUCCGCCACAACGAGCUGUUACGAUGGUGCAGAGAACACUGGCCGCGUCUGGUCCUGCCGGCUCUCUUCUCAGAGAUCUUCGACAUUCCCAAAGCAGAAGACGAGGAUGCGAACGACCCCGAGCGCGUCGGAGACCCCUCACAGCCCAGCACCUCAAAAUAA